AUUCCGAGCAUAUGCUCGUGGCCUUGAGACUGGUAUCAGCGUCUGUCUGCGGUGAAAGUCUGCUUCCGCGGUCGGGUAUCGCGCUUCACGGGCGGCGCAGUGCACUACAUCCUAAGGACGGGAAUGGCGGAGGCCGGUGACUCGACGGGCGGACGUAGAUGCACGAUGAUUGUGCCGUCGGGUUUCUCAGACGCGUUGGACUGGAGGCCCAUUCUGUUUACGGAACGUGUGGUCGGUCGGAGAGCGUGUGCGUUGUGCGGUCUCCUGAGCACAAGGGCCGUAGGUCUGCCCUGUGCCCACACGCUGUGUGCGAGGUGUUACACGCAGUGCGCCGAUGAACACAGCACGUGCCCGCUGGACGACGAAGCCUUCGGCGAGGAUGACGUGGAGGAGCUUGACCUGUCGUUGGAGUACCUUUCAAAACGCAAGGUGGCGUGCUGGAAUGUCCCCCACGGCUGCGACUUCGUGGGGCCUGCGGCAAACCUCCUCAACCACUACAAGGACUGUGAGUUCCAUGCUGUCUCCUGCCCCCGGUGCCGGACGUCCGUGCUUCGGAGCAACAUCGUCGUGCACUGCAGGACGAGCUGCAGUGCAACUCCACGGAACCAGCCUCUUCCCCCCGGUGAACCUGCCACCGUUCAACUCGAUGGCAUCGAAAGGGCACGCCUGGAAGUGAAGGAAGCCCUUGCCAAGAUCUCCGACGACCUGAUGGCUAUGCAAACGAGCCUCAACCAGUGUUGCCAGGAUGUCCGAGCGGAAGGUGCAAGGUUCAAGCUGCAGUUGGAAACUCAAACAUCGGGAUUUAAUGCCAAGUGUAACACCCUCACCGAGCUCUGCAAUUCAAGUUUCGCCGAAGAGCGAGAGAUGCUUCAACAAGUGAUUGCAACGGUGCGGGACACCGUGGCGGAUUCCCGUGUCGAGAUCUCGCAGCACGUGAGCAUGGAGGUGGCUGAGCUGUCCGACAAGGUGCUCGCUUCAACAGGGCUGGUGUCUCAGAACGUGCUCGGGUUUUGUGGCCCCAAAACGCUUCACUGGUACGUUGAAGACUGGGCGGGCAUCAUGAGGGAGGCGCGUACCAAGGGCGGUCUCUACGUUGAAGGCAGCACCCGGUACAUAUACGGUUACAAAGUUUCCCAGCACAUCCAGCUUAGAAAAGAGGCGAGAGUGCUACGCCUUGACUGUCUGUUGAGGAUUCAUCCCGGCGAGAACGACUCUCAACUCGAAUGGCCUUUUCGCAAUACCUGUGUGUUCGGUAUUGUUCAUCCGAAGGACAAAAUGAAAACCAUAUCGGGCAGGAUAGACGCACGUGUCUAUCCAGAAUAUUCAGUUUUCCAAAGACCAAGGGGAUCUAAAAACAUGGGCUUCGGCGCUCCAUCGCUGUCUACAGCAGAGAGCCUGGUGAAUGGUGGGUUUGUUCAGAAUGAUACGCUGCACCUUUUCGUGCAGGUUGAGCCAUAGCCUAGAAACUGUCCGUGUGCGCAGGGCUGGCGCAAAAUGUUUAAGAUGGGAUUGCGAGAGAGAGGCUAGACGGAAAGGGAUAUAUUGAUAUCUAUAUUUCGUCUCUAACAGCCCGUGUACACAUGCUCUCUUGAUCUAUCUUAAUAACAUCAGUGUGCAUUCCACACCGGAAAGACUAUCGGAAGUUGAAGACAUCUGACGUGGUGUACGUACCAUACGAUCAGAUACAUUUCAAACACAGCCUCGGCGGGGGCGUGGCACCUGUGCCAACUGUGAGAAUACGAAUGUCCUCCCACAGGAAUGAAAGCAUCGAAUAAGGAGUUUGUGGUCAAUUUGCUUGCUAAGCCUAAAAAUGGGACUUCAUUUUUUUUUUCCUUUCAUGUCGACUCCCAUUUUAAGCUUUUGCUUCAAAGAGAACGGUUGACAUUAUACGAAGCACUUAAUCAACAGAGGUAGUAUCUCAUGUGGGCAAGCGAAGCAUUUUGCCGUUAGAAUGAUUCGAGUAUUAUCUCUAUAACCCACUUCUGAGCUAAGCUAUUUCGCUGCUAUACUUCUAUUUUGUGCCACAAUGGUCACCUUCAAAACCGGAUAUAUUUUAGGACGUCGCCUCUGCAUCAAUAACAACAAUAAAAUGUUGAUAUAUGUU